GAAGAAAGAAGAAAGAAGAAAGAAAGAGAGCAAGAUCUGCAACCCAUUAAAAAUUGACCCACCUUAUCUGAUCUACUUACUACACAAACAAAGUUACCUCAGAUUUGGGGAACCACCACCAUUCCUCGAUUCAGAUUUCAGCCUUUUUUUUCACAAAGGACAAGACAAUUGUAACCUUUUCGUGACGACGACCGCAGGCAGGCAGGCAGGGAUUCACAAGAGGCGGAAAAAUAGGACCCUGUCUCUCUUCUUCCAAACACAUUUCUCUGGCGGUUCAGAGGCUACCGUCCGUCGCCGGAGGAGAAGGGAGAGACCGAAGAUGAAGAGUCUCUUCAAGGCCAAACCCAAGACGCCGGCUGACCUCGUCCGUCAGACCCGCGAACUCCUCAUCUCUGUUGUCGAACGUAACUCUGAUACUCGCGAAGCGAAACGUGAAGAGAAGUUGUUGGAGCUGUCCAAAACUAUCCGUGAGCUCAAAUCAAUUCUUUAUGGGGAUAGUGAAGCUGAGCCUGUCUCUGAAGCUUGUGCGCAAGUAACACGGGAGUUCUUUAGAGAAGAUACACUACGCCUAAUUAUUGUCUCCCUUCCAAAUCUUAAUUUGGAGACCCGUAAAGAUGCUACUCAAGUGGUAGCAAAUUUGCAAAGGCAACAAGUGAAUUCAAGGCUAAUUGCUUGCGAUUACUUGGAGGCUAACUUAAAUCUGAUGGACAUCCUGAUAAAAGGUUAUGAAGACGCGGAUAUGGUCCUACAUUAUGGUGCAAUGCUGAGGGAAUGCAUACGCCACCAAAGUGUUGCAAAAUACAUGUUGGAGUCGGAGCAUAUGAUGAAAUUAUUUGAUUAUAUACAGCUCCCAAAUUUCGACGUUGCUGGUGAUGCUGCUGCGACUUUCAAGGAACUUCUAACUAGGCAUAAAGCAACUGUAGCAGAAUUCCUUUCCAAGAACUAUGAUUGGUUUUUUGCAGAAUAUAAUUCGAAGCUGCUUGAAUCUUCUAACUAUAUUACCAGAAGACUAGCUAUCAAGCUUUUAGGAGACAUGAUGUUGGAUCGCUCGAAUUCUGGUGUGAUGACGCGAUAUGUGAGUUCGAAGGACAAUUUAAGGAUUCUUAUGAAUCUUCUUAGGGAGUCGAGUAAAAGCAUUCAGAUAGAAGCAUUUCAUGUCUUUAAGUUGUUUGUGGCUAAUCAACAUAAGCCAGCUGAGAUAGUGGGGAUUCUGGUGGCAAAUAGAAAUAAACUUCUCAGGCUGUUUGCAGACUUGAAGACAGAUAAAGAAGAUGAACAGUUUGAGGCAGAUAAAGCUCAAGUUGUGAAGGAAAUAGCGGGGCUGGAGGCUUGAACUUUGAACUUUGGACUGAUCAUAUCAUGUAUGGCUGCUGCUUGCUUGCUUGAAUUGUUUAUUAUGAUAUAUGUAGUUAGUUAAAUCUACGUUGAGUAAAAUGCAAGAAGAGUAUAUACACUAGUACUAGCAGGUAUAGACAUCAUCAUCUUCAUCUUCAUGAUCACUGUUGAUUUGUUUUAAGAAUAAUUGUUGGGGGUGUUCUGUUAUGCUUUCCUUACUCUUUUAUUGUUUCCUCUCCUCAUAGCUGAUAUAUAAAUUUGUGAGUACCUAAUGAAUAAACCUUGUGCUUUGUUUUAAUACUGA